GGUGUAGUUCUUCCAUAUGCGCCAGUUUAUCGGUUACUACGGUAGAAGAAAACUUGAGUAACAGCUGUAAGAACUGCCUCAAGAACUCCUUGCUACUACCUUUCCUUUUCCAGCGGCGUUAUUCUUGAACCACAGGGCAUAAGGAACAGCAUGGCAGCAACAGUUAGAAGGAUAAUCCAUACAGAUACGGCUCCAGCAGCCAUUGGACCGUACAGUCAGGCUGUGGUGGUGGACCGGACCAUGUACAUAUCUGGGCAGCUGGGUAUGGACACGGCCUCUGGGCAGCUGGUCCCUGGAGGAGUGCAAGCUCAGGCCAAACAGGCACUCACCAACAUGGGUGAGAUUCUUAAGGCUGCUGGAUGUGGUUAUGAAAAUGUUGUCAAGACAACUGUCCUGUUGGCUGACAUGAACGAUUUCAAUAAUGUCAAUGAAGUUUACAAGCAGUUUUUCAGCAGCAACUUCCCAGCUAGGGCUGCCUAUCAGGUCGCUGCAUUGCCAAGAGGUGGUCUCGUGGAGAUUGAAGCAGUGGCUGUCGUGGGGCCUAUCACUCAGGCUUCCUGACUAGCCGGCCCAAACAUGCAUAAAUUGUAAUUAAUCCAGAAAAGGAACUAAUAUGAGAUUGUGGAAGUACAUCAGUGUUUACCCAAGUCGGCCAAAAUGUUUGUCUGCCAACUGUUGUUUUUUUUACAUAAAGGCAAAACAUUGUAUGAUCAA